AUGGACUGUAUGGACAUUAGAAAAGAGUUAGCCAUCUGCAAUAAAAAAUCUAGAAGUGCCACUGAACAUUGCGAUGCAAAUAAAGACCUGACAACUGUUAACGUCUUUUUCAAGCGUUUCAUUCGAACUGUCUCCAACAAUUUCUGCUCUCAAUCUAUUAACGCAGAUGAUGGUUAUCAUCAGAUCGACCUGACGUUGACCGACUUGCAAUGUUCCUACUUGAAAGAGAGCCUGGAGGAGAGGCAUUCAAUUGUGACUCUGCAGGAAGUUCAUUACAUCUUAAACAACAUGACAUGGGUUCCAAGAGUUACUCUGCCAGGGUUGGUGGGUGUCUGGUGUGAUUAUCUUCAAGAGAACAUCAAAGUGGUAUUCAUGAUCUCAGCAUCAGCAGCAAUGCUCUCAAACAUCAUCUACAUACUGAGCAAGUUGAGGCUGUCUUUCUACAGAUUGAUCUUCAUCACUACUGCACUGCUGUUUCUUAUCAGUGUACCAUGGACCUGGUGGUAUUUGUAUAAGAAAGCUCUGGCCUCGAAGAUGGCCGCCUUAUCGAAGAGUCCUCCAGAUUCAUGCAGUCCUCAGAAAAUGUCCUUCUUCGAUACACUCUAUUCUUACUUCCACUUCACCGAGAACGAAUGCCUCAAGUAUUAUGAAGCCUUGCAGGUCGAUGCACUGUGGGAGGCAUUGGCAGUCACGUUUGCAAAGUUUUUCCUGGAACCUUUCGAAUACUUGGGUGAAGCCAUCAAAAAGUUGUUCCUCUCUGCCCUCAAUGGUGUUCCUUUCUUCCUACAACCAUUCAUUCUUGUCUUCAUAGUGUUCAUGAUUGCGCUCAUAGUGUUCGUUUGUUCUGGCUACAGGUUCAGAUCGUUGCUCUUCAACAUUGAGCCAUCCAGAGCCAUUUCAAUUUCCAGCGCUCAUAAUGCACAGUUGAAAGGGCUGCAGGAUGAAAUUGAUAAAUUGGAGAAAAAAAUCAAGGAUCUGAGACUGCAAGAAGGCAGGAUGAUUGAAGAUGGCAGUGGUGAUGCAAAAGUUCACAAUGCUCUUCCCAUCUCUGCUGCGCCAGCCUUAUCAUCAUCAUCAUCAUCUGUAUCAGAAACACCAUCACCAUCUGCUUUAUCAGUCCAGGCACAAGUAACAUUGCCCUCAAUAACAGCUGACUUCAGAUUGAGUUAA